UCAGAAAGUAAAGCGUUUUAACGACUUUACGAAUAACAAACUAGCUGAUUUAGUAAAGAGUAAAGAUUCUAAUAUGCACUAUAUCGAGGAAUUCAUUUCGACAUCGGGUUUUAAAAUUUGUAAUUUGGCAUCGCAAAGAUCAAAUCGUUUGAAGAUUAGAAAUUUAAGUAAGCUUUUAAGAAAAGAAAUUGAAAGAAAAGACUUGCUUGUCGGAGAUGAAAUUGCAACAGGCAACACAACUAAUCAGCUCUGUAAAAAACUUGAAACUAGACUUAAUAUUUGCCUUAAGAAAAGAAAAUCGUAUUUGAAAAAAGACCAAAUUCGUUUACACAAUGGACGCACAACAAAGUUUUCAUCUACUAGAUUAACAAGAAGUAUGACAAAAGAACCAUCAAAAAGAGAAUUAGAAGGAUUGUCAGCAACAAGGACAUUACAAGCAAAGACGUGUAUUACCCACUAUUGCCCGACAAAUUGUCUCAAUAUCUUUUGCAAAAAAGAUUAUGAAGAGAUGGCCAAAGAUGUUUAUACAGAACUUCUCGAUUUUUCAACUAAAUUUGUCAACAGUCAUACAAAAGAUCUUACAGCGUUUGCAAAGACCAUUUAUGAUGAACGUUUAAAGAGGUCUUACAGCUUGAACCUUCAUGAGUGGAAAACAGUUGCAAUGAGAAGUCCGCUUGUGAAAGGUUUUGGAUGUGUAAAAAACAAUAUAUGCAUUUAUCUGAAAAACGAUGAUAAAGAUGAGGAGAGGCGUGUGUCUGUUUUUGCACAGAAAUAUCUCAAUGAUCCUCCAGGAAAGUACCAGUUACGAAUAGAAUAUAAACAACGCAAUAUCACUUUAUUCUCAAAACUCGAACAAGGGAGUAAAAUAAAUAGAAAAAGAACGGAAGAGCCCAGGAAAUACGGAUCGCUUGGAAUGUUUCUUGAGGACAAACAAGGGACAUAUUUCUUUACAACUUGUGCACAUGUGAUCACAAAGGGUGAAAGUGCAUAUUCGGCAGAUGACAAUUCAAAACUCGGUCAAAACGUUUUUAUUUACCAAUCAGAGAGCAACACAAAUGACCAAAAUGACCCAUACAUUGACUUUUCGGUUGUUCAGGUGUCUCCAGAAAAAGAUUUAACCUGCACGUUUGGUCUUAAAGCAACAAGUGGUAAUUUUAUUUCUGGCCGAAUUUUCAAAGGGGACCUGUCUGAAAUUUUAGAUCAAAAUGUUUAUAAAUGGGGAGCAACACCACCUUGUUUACGAAAAGGAAAGUGUAUUGGAUACGAGGAUGAAGGGUCUCUUUUGUGUUUGAUGAUAGAUACUAAUGAGUUUGCCAAAGAGGGUGAUAGUGGAGCCAUUAUAUGUGUCGGCGAAGACAUAGGCACGGGCUUAGCCGCAUUUGUUAUUAUGGGUGGUACGCAGGACAAGUCGGAAUGUACAAGUGCUUCAAACUCUGAACCCAGUUAUUUGGUUUAUAAAGUAUCUCAUGCUCUUGACAAAGUUUCUAAUAUGAAACCAUGUUUAAUCCCAUGCACCAAAACAAUUUCAAUAUCAUCAUCAGUGUCUGGCUCGGUUCAGAGUAAGUCUAAACGUAAAAGACCUGACUCUGUUUGAUAUCGUAGGGAAUAAUAAAAUACGAGGUGCAAUCUAUUUUCAUUAAAACAAUAUCUUAACCAACUUAUAAUUUAUUUAUUUGUUACUUGUUUUUAAUGCUUUUUGUUUUAAACAAAUUCCUAUUUAUAAA